AUGGCCCUCCAUCUCAACUGUCUCCUGGGCCAACUGGCCACCAUCCUCGACUCCAAGCCCAACAAAGCCAUCCGUCAAUUUGUUCCAAGCUAUGACCUUAAUGAGUCCCUCUUGCACCUCCCUAAUGCCCUCUCGGCCAACAAGGACGCAGCGGAACUCCUAAUCAGCGAGAAGGCUAGCUUGGUCUUCGAGGCCGAGCCCGAGAUCGUCCAGCUGGGACAGGACCUCCAAGAGAUUGAGCUGCUUGACAUGCGGGGCUUCCCGUACUUCCUGAGCCUUUUCGGCCACCACAGCUCGCUUGCAACUGUAGGAAUCAUGACCCAUAUAGCUUUUGCUGUUGGGAAGCCGCCUAUGAGCAAGAUUAUGGAUGUCUUUGGUUGGGCUGAGGGCUUCCUAGUGGCAAUUAUGAUCUACCUAAUAGGCGCCAUCCUCACGGCCUCAUCCAAGGGGGUGAUCCAGCACGGGAUUGGCCAAACAGCAGCGGCCCUAGGCUCGCAAGGCCUGCAGCUAUCACAUAUGAUAAUUGUAGCCAACACAUCCUCGCUGACCUCGUGGGCAUUGCUGACCUGGACAAUCACCUUGCCGUGGAUAUUCACGACCUGGAUUGGGCCCGUCGUUGGCUCCUGGUUCCUUUCCAAGGGCGCCUUUGGCUACCGGACAAUCUACCUCGUCUUUGGGCUUGCGGUCCUGCUCUGCGCCAGCUGGCUCAUGCUUGUCUUGUGGAUGGAGUGGCGCAAGCUCAAAAGUGAAGCCCGCCCGCCUGCCCGAAGGAUUGCCCUGCCCACUUCCGACCUUGACCAGGAGGACCAACCCGGGGGCCUUUGGAGUCCCCCUAACUCCCCCAACACGAUCCUCUACAACUCCCGCUCUUCAUCUACUAGUCUCUGCUGGUUCACUGUCACAAGAUGUUUGUUCUUCAUUGUUGGGGUCAUUGUUUUGGUUUGUUUUGGAAUCUACAAGAACAAGUUUGCCAAGUUCCCGGUUAUCCCUCCACGACUAGUUGAACACUGCACGGUCCUCUUGGGUUUGGCAGUGUGCUUCUGGCACUUUAUUUAUCAAUUUAUGUAUGAGAGCUACUUCACCAGAUUUCUGCAGGUGGCCAGGUUCCUGUCUGCUGGGGACGCACAGUACGUCGAGCUGUCCUACCUUUUCAUGUCCUGUGUCUCGGCCAUCAUCUGCGGAUUGCUUGUCAAAUGGACGCGGCAAUACAAGAUCUGGCUGGUUUUCGGGAUAUUAUUGCAUGCAGUGGGGACACUGCUGAUGGUCCGAAGCUGCAAGCUGGACAAUCCGAUGAUAGAGAUUGUGAUUUCGCAAGUCAUUGGGGGCUUUGGGGGCGGCUUCACAACGCUAGCCUCCCAGCUGGGAGUGCAAGCGGUGGUUGCGCACCAAGAUGUAGGCAUCUCAACGGCGGUCUUCCUGACAAUCACCCAGAUUGGCGGGGCGGUGGGAUUGAGUCUUGCGGGCUUGAUCUGGACCUUGCGGCUGGAGACGGCGCUAUCCAAACGUCUGCCGGCCUCAGAGCAGGGCAACAUCCCCAAGAUCGUCAGCGACUUGCGCUUUGCACUCACGUGCCAAGGCAACAAGCACACCAAAUUAAACAAGGCCUACGUCAACGUCCAGCGCAUCCUCAACUGGCUUGGCGAUGUCAUCAAACAAUGGGCAAACAAGGCUCAGGAGUCUCUCAACGCCAAAGGAUCUGGUGGUGGUAUUGGCUUUAUCCCCGCAAGCGCUUCAAGCUAUUUGAGUAGCUUUGGUGGUGGUGGUAGCCAAACUCAGUCCGGUUAUCAAGCUGUUGCUAGCUCGAGCUACAUCACCCAGUAUCACGCCUUGGGGCUUCUGUAUGCUAUCAGACAACAGGAUCAAAUGGCAGUCUCAAAGCUCAUCCAACAGGUGGGCAGGGGAAACAGUAACACUCUGAGAAGUCCUUUUGCCCUCUGCAUGUUGAUUCGAUUCGCUAGUAAAAUUAUGGACAAAGACCCAAAUCUACACAAACAGAUGCACGAAUUUCUGGAAGGUUUUUUGAGGCAUAAAUCUGAUAUGGUCAACUACAAAGCUGCUCAGGCAUUCUGCGAGAUGCAAAACAUGACUUAA